AUGUCAUUCCUGCGACAUCUCGCCGCUUUCGCGAUUGCCCUCAAUCUCGCUCUGGGUGCAAUCAUUCCACAGGUAGGAACUCGAAGUGAUGAGCGGAACAGAUCAUGCAGCAAUGGCCCUCUCACAAGAGACUGUUGGCACGAUGGGCUGAGUAUUGCUACUGACGCAGAGACGAAAUUUCCGACGACAGGCAACACGGUCUAUCAAACACUUGAGAUCACAAAUACAACCUGCAAUCCAGAUGGGAGUGGACCAAGACCAUGUAUGCUGGUCAACGGCCAGUACCCCGGUCCGACGAUUAGAGCUUCAUGGGGAGAUAAAUUGGAGAUAACGGUCAAGAAUCGACUGCAGCACAACGGCACCUCAAUCCACUGGCACGGUCUUCGCCAAUAUCACAACCCUGGAAGCGAUGGUGUGAAUGGCAUAACACAAUGUGCUAUUGCUCCUGGCGAUGAAGCGACUUACUCGUUCCAAGCUACGCAGUAUGGCACGUCUUGGUAUCACUCCCAUACAUCAAUCCAGUAUGGUGAUGGCGUCCUUGGUCCGAUAGUGAUCGAAGGGCCCGCUUCAGCAAACUACGACACCGACCUGGGACCAUACAUGUUCUUCGAAGUAUAUGGAACAUCGACGGCAAGGCAAGCCGGAUGGCAGGCGCGCAACAAGACUCAAGCAUGGGGCGGGCCACCAAAAGCGACGAACCUUCUCAUCAAUGGGACCAAUGUCAACGCCGAUGGUGGCGGGAAGUAUAAUACAGUCACAAUCCAAAAGGGCAAGAAGUAUCUUCUGCGACUCAUCAACAGCUCGGUGAACACAUAUGUUCGUGUAUCACUUGAUGCUCACCUGUUCAACGUUAUUGCCUCCGAUUUCGUGCCUAUCAAGCCAUUCAAAGCGGAAACACUGCUUUUGGCGAUUGGACAGCGAUACGAUGUGGUCAUCGGCGCAGACCAAAUACCUGGAUCAUAUUGGUUCCGCGCAAAGGUCUCUGCAUUGUGUUACAGUAAUACUGCACGCAACGGUAGUGCGAUCUGGAGCUAUGGACAAUGGAAUACCUCCGUGCCGCCCACAUCAUCCCCAUGGCCUAACGAGCCCCUCAAUUGCGAUGACCAAUUGGUCAGCACAUACUGGAAAGGUGAAGUGCCAAGUGCAUCAUUUUCGAACACCCUGACCGCGAACCGUACUCAUGCAGUUGCAACUCCAGGUGGCAACACGAUGGUAGCGUGGGUUCUGGACAAACCCAUCUGGACAAACUACUCAGACCCAACCAUAGGGUAUGCGAUUAGAGGGGACUCAAACUACCCAGAACUCUUCAACACCAUAGAAGCUGCCCGUCAAGGUCAAUGGAACUACUGGCUUAUCGUCAACGACCCGAGACAAAGUCUACCAUUCGCCAUUCCUCAUCCGGUCCACUUGCAUGGCCACGACUUCUUCAUCAUUGGCAGUGGAUCUGGACCUUUCGAUGAGGCGACGGCCAAUCUCAACUGGAAGAACCCUGUCAGGAGAGAUACAGCCUCGCUUCCAGGGGCUGGCUGGUUGGCUCUCGCCUUCAAAUCUGACAACCCCGGGACUUGGCUAAUGCAUUGCCAUGUCGCAUUCCAUAUAGCAGAAGGAUUUGGGGUGCAGUAUAUCGAAGCUCCAGGACAGAUCAAGCUACAGGAUCCAGCCACCUAUCAGCAAACUUGUGACCGUUGGGUGGAGUACGACAAAACGGCGAUUUAUCGUUACGAUGAUUCUGGGCUUUAG